AUGACCAGCUUUGCCGAGUUCGAGAAGCUGUUCAAGAUCCCCGUGCCCAAGCUCUCCGAAGCGGCCUACUACCUCUCCACCCUCGCGCAGGCGAAAGAGUAUGCGCAGGUCUGGGAGCUGGCAGAGGCCUUUGCGCAGAUGGAGGAUUGGCUGGUGAAUGUGGAGCAGAAGCACCGAACGAUCACCAAUUACAAGAUGUCGGUCAUGGCGAAGAUCAAGGACGCGGUCACCGCCACUGCUGCGCACCAACGGUAA